AUGAAUGAUGAACCAAUUGGUUCAGAUAGUGACUCGGAAAAUGAUUUUGAGGUUGAGAUUGUUAGAGACCGCAAUUUAAUGUCUCUUGAAAACUUAAACAAUACAAUCAAACAGUUGGAAAAUGAGUUCAAAAGUGAUAUGUAUAGUGAGGUCGAGAAGGCUCAUCUCUAUACAAUGUUAUCUUAUUUUCAUCUUGUAGAGCGUGGUCGAAAGAGGGUCGAGGCGAGCAUGAUUGUGGCAGAAGCAGCUGGGAAGGGUGUUUAUCAUGCCUGUUGUAUACGUGCAUGGGCAACAAAUUAUAUUCAGAAUGGGGCAAUUCCAAUUUCAAGACAAGGCAAAUAUCCAAAAACCUGGAGUUUCCUGUGGGACAAAGAUAUUGUGAUGCAGAUUAGCUCCUUUUUCUGA